AUGCCAAAGUAUCACAGGAUUCUGGGAAUGGAAAAACCCCGGCUACUGCGCGUUUGCCGAAUUGGUCUGCCCGAGCAAGCAAAGCUGCAAGAAACACGACAGCGCCCACCACAGGUCGAUGUGGCACAGAAUUACGAGUGGUGGAGCAGUGUGGAAGUUGGCAAGGAAGACAAAUGUCAAGUGGCUGACCAAAGUAGUAGCGGAAGAGAGGAAGUGGCAUGCCGAAGUAUCACAGGAUUCUGGGAAGUAAGCAGACGUGGACAGUUCUUUCGCUAUGUAGCUGCAAAAUCCCUUUAUUGGGACUGCCUCGGAAUGGCAGUUACGCGACACAUUUUCGGCGGUUUUGUACUUUGGACGCGGAGGCGACGACGUCGCAGUUCACCGACUCAAGCCUGUCUUUGA